ACCCUUCUGCUGUUUGCUGUUUGGGACUUUGACAGAUUUCUUAAAUGGCUGAAGAGGUUUUAAUUCCAUCGUCGGGAAAAAUCACAUCGCACCUGACCGGCUCUCUGUUGGCGGUGGCAUUCCUUACCUCCUUCGGGAGUUCUAUGCUUUAUGGCUACAAUCUGGCUGUGGUCAACUCCCCUGCUGUGUAUAUAAAAGACUUCUACAAUAAGACGGUUGUGAGUCGUAAUGGAACAGGACUCAGUGGGGAGACCCUGACCCUCAUGUACUCUCUCACAGUGUCUGUCUUCGCUAUUGGAGGUCUGCUGGGCUCCGUCAUUGUGGGUAUGCUGGUCACUCGCUUUGGCAGGAAAGGCACAGUGGUAAACACAACAGUGCUGGUGUUUAUUGCUGGCUCACUCAUGGGCUUCAGCAGGAUUUGUGGUUCACCUGAGAUGGUCAUCUUUGGACGCUUUAUCACAGGAAUUCACUCAGGCAUCUCUCUAAGUGUAGUACCAAUGUACCUGGGUGAGAUAGCACCUAAGAACCUCCGAGGCUUCCUGGGUCUUGUACCAAGUAUCUUUAUUGGCACUGGAGUCUUCGCCGCCCAAAUCCUCGGCCUACAUGAGCUUCUAGGAAAGGAGGAGCACUGGCCCCUGUUUCUUUCUGUGGUGGUGGUACCCACCUUCAUCCAGUUGAUGCUGUUGCCAUGGUUCCCAGAGAGCCCCAGGUACCUGCUGAUUGAGAAGCACAAUGUUCACGCCACCAUCACAGCUCUUAAGUGGUACAGGACCAAGUGUAACAUCCAGGCUGAGAUUGAGGAGAUGCAGGAGGAACAACGUUCCCUAUCAUCCAUGGAGACGCUGUCAGUAUGGAAACUGUUGCUCGAUAACACAGUCCGCUGGCAGGUGCUCAGCGUGGUGGUCAUCAACAUCGGCAUGCAGCUGUCUGGCAUUGAUGCUAUCUGGUUCUACACCAAUGACAUAUUUGAGAAUGCAGGAAUCCCUGCACCAGAGAUCCAGUAUACCACAGCAGGCACAGGAAUAAUAGAAAUCAUCGCUGGACUUAUUGGGUGUUUCACCAUAGAGAAACUGGGCAGGAGGCCUCUCAUGAUCGGGGGUUUCGCUAUGAUGGGAAUCUGCAGCGGUGGAAUCACAUUAUCCCUCAUUUUACAGGCUCACUUAUCAUUUAUGCGCUACAUCAGUGUCUGCUGUGUGGUCGGCAUCAUCGCUGGCUUUUGCAUCGGUCCAGCGGGGGUUCCCUUCCUGAUCACAGCAGAGCUGUUUAAACAGUCCCACCGCCCAGCAGCCUAUAUCGUAGGAGGAUCACUCAACUGGCUGUCCAACUUCACAGUGGGCUUCGUCUUCCCCUUCUUACAGAUGUCAGCCGGGUCGUACUGCUACUUAGUGUUUGGCAGCAUUUGUCUGUCUGUGGCCGUCUAUGUCUACGUUGUCAUCCCUGAGACCAAAAACAAGACCUUCAUGGAGAUCAGCCGGAUGUUCUCUAAGAAGGAGGCCAUUCUAGAGACCCAGGGCCUGAUCCACGUCGACCAGCUGAAGCUAAAGAAGAUGAACGGCUACGGUGGCCUGGAACACACAUCACUGGAGUUCGACAGCUCUUCCUCUGUACCUUAAUGAACAUUCAGGUUCUCGCUGGGACUACAGAUCCAGAUUGUACACAUUAACCAAACACUUACUCUGGUCGGGUAAAGCUGGACGUUUCACUUGGAUCAUACUCAGGUUCAAAACAUUGCUGAAUAAACAGUACAUUAUGUGGUUCUGAAAUGUGCAACUUCUUAUCGAUUUCAUGUUUUAGUCAGUCUAAGCCAUUAAAGAAAAGUUAGGACUAUGGAGAUGUCCUUGCUUUCAGUAAUCAUAACACUGUAUUCACCCAGGUAAUUGUUUAGAUCUAGGAACAUGGAAACAUCACUGAAAAGAAGUCCAAUAAGUCAAGAAACAUGAGCAGUCAGAUGAUCAGACUUAUAAACAUCCAGCUUAGUCCAACUCAUUUAAAAGAGAAAAUGAAGGCAAAGUCGCAGCUGACAGACCUAGGAAUGAGGCAUUAUUAGCAAAAUUUUAGGUGUACUCUCUUUUAGGGAUGCAACUAAGGCUUGAAUGAUUACUUUCAUUUUCUAUUAAUAUCUGCUGAUUAUUUUCUAAAUGAAAACUCAUUGUUUGGUUCAUACAAUGUCAGAAACUAGUGAGAAAUACACAUCACCAUCUCCUAAAGUCCAAGUUGAUGAUAUCAGAUGUCUUAUUUUAUCUGACCAACCAUCCAAAACUUAAAGACAUUCAGUUUACUAUCACAUAAGACAAAGAAAAGUGACCAAUUCACACAAUUUAGAUGCCCGAACAAAGGAAUGUUUGGUUGAUUAUCAAAAGUUGAGUUACCAAUACUUUUUCUGUCAAUUUACUAAUCAAUGAAUUUUUUCAGCUCUACUCACUUGCAGUCUGACCACCAAGUGGUUUAGAUAGACAUUUGUUUCCCACCUGUCUGAUUGUCUGACUGCUCAUGUUUUCUUGACCCGUCAUUCUUAUUUUAGUGAUGUCACCAUGUUUCCAGAUCUCAGUGAUUAAGUGCAACGCAUAACUGGCACGCAGCAGAGCUCUGCAUCAUUUAAUCAGUGGACACCUGCAGUACACACUGGGCACGUCAGAAAGAUAGAUACAGUAGCCAGGAUGUGCUGAGGCAGUGUCAGAACAGAACAGUUGCAUAGCUUGACAAGUUUUAAUCUCCGGGCACUUAUCACAAUGGGUUAGUAUUACUGGGGGUGGAGGGAGGGUGUCUAUCACGGCACUUUAAUAAAAAAUGUCAUGUUAAUUGUAGUAGUGUUUGUAAUAUAAUGUGCACUGCUUGCUGCAAGCUACCAUGUACCUGUAUCCAUUGUUUGAAUGCUAGCAGUGCUUAAGUUGUACAUACACAUGUCCCACAUGUCAGCUUAGUAACACACAAACAAUUAAAAAUAUAAUUUAAGGGUAGACUCAACAAAAUGAUCAGAGCUUGUGGGAAAUGAAGUAUGUGCAGUAUCAAUGAGUGACAGAAAUUAACCUUUUAAAAAUACAUUUUUGAAUAUUUUGGAUAUUGCAGUGAGAAAUACUCUACAAUGUGAAAUCCCAAUAUUUAUGCAUGUUUUUGACUGUCAUGUUGUUUUUGUUGCAAAGUUAUAUUACUUGUUAAUAUUGUUUCACUUGUAGUUAAAUAUAAAUCCUUGUACCAGCUCUUAAUACUCAGUCAUUUAACAGACUGUAUCAGAGCACUCUGUACUAUCUGUGCUGUACAGUAAAGUCUGUACAGUAAAGUGUGCUAAAAUGUGUUUUGUACAAACUGUGCAACCCAGUUUGUUUCAAUACAUGGAAAUAUACAUAAGCAUUUUUUUUUUAAUUGUGUUCAAAGAUAACUACGUGAAUUAAAUAAUAUUGUAAUACUG